AUGCCCCUCCGCGGCCUGCGCCGCCUCCUCCUGGCCGCCGUGCUGCUCGUGGUCGCCUGGACCCUCUUCGGGCCCUCGGGGCUGGGCGAGGAGAUGCUGAGCCUGUCGCUGGCCACGCUGCUGCUGCCCGCUCCCGCCUCCCCGGGGCCGCCGCUGGCCCUGCCCCGCCUCCUCAUCCCCAACGCGGGCUUCUGCCGCGGGCCCGGCGCGCCCCCGUUCCUGCUCAUCCUCGUGUGCACGGCCCCCGACCACCUGCAGCAGAGGGACGCCAUCCGGGCCUCGUGGGGCCAGCUGCGGGAGGCCCGGGGGCUGAGCGUGCGGACCCUCUUCCUGCUGGGCGAGCGCGCGCGCGGCGGCCCCGGGCCCGGCCUGGCGGAGGAGGCGUUGGCCCACGGGGACAUCUUGCAGGCCGCUUUCCACGAUUCCUACCGCAACCUCACGCUCAAAACCCUCAGCGGGCUCAACUGGGCCAGCACGCACUGCCCCAUGGCCCGCUAUGUCCUCAAGACUGACGACGACGUGUACGUCAACGUCCCCGAGCUGGUCUCGGAGCUGGUCCGGCGAGGAGGAGGCCGCUGGCAACAGUGGGAGAGGCGCCCAGAACCCCAGAGCUCAGCCACCGUUGGCGAUAACGAGCAGGAACAAGGGGGCCAGGAUUUGGGGAGCCAACCCGUGCCCCUGCUGUACCUGGGCCGCGUGCACUGGCGGGUGUACCCCUCUCGGUUGCCAGGGGGCCGGCACCAAGUGUCUGAAGAGCAGUGGCCGCAGGCCUGGGGCCCCUUCCCACCUUACGCCUCAGGGACGGGCUAUGUACUGUCGGGCUCUGCUGUGCAGCGCAUCCUCAAGGUGGCUAGUCGGGCACCCCUCCUGCCACUGGAGGAUGUCUUUGUGGGGGUGAGUGCCAGCUGGGGAGGCCUCACCCCCACCCACUGUGUCAAGGUGGCUGGCGCCACCCACUACCCCCUGGAUCGGUGUUGCUACGGCAAAUUCCUGCUCACGUCCCACAAGCUGGACCCCUGGAAGAUGCGGGAGGUCUGGAAGCUGGUGGACAGCCCCGACGGGGAAAGGACUGAGCCCCUCUGCUCCUGGCUCCAGGGCACCCUGGGUGUCCUGCGGUGUCGAUUCAUAGCCUGGCUGGACUCUUGAGUGGCUGGGCCCACUGGAGGAGCUGAGGGUCAGGACACUGGGACCUUUGCUGCCCGCACCCGAGACAGACGCCCUUGCCCCCGCUGGCAGCAGGUCCAUCUCAGUCUGACACUGCGGACCAAGAAGGAAUAGAGCAACCCGGGCCUAGCCUGCUAGCCCCCGGAGACGUCAUCGCGGGCGGAGAGAACUUAGGCGAAGGGCGUGAGCCCCUCAAUAAACUUUUUCUCUCUGC